AGUUGCUAUAGUUCAAACUCAUACAUUAAGAGCCACUUGAAGAAAAUUUUCAAAUCGACUAUGAAGUUCAUGCUUUGUUUAUGUUUGGCCUUGGUCGUUUUGUUGACAACGGCUCUGGCAAGUUCUCAAGAUUUAAGUGAUGAACCUACUGUUGAAGUAGACGAUACUUCUAAAACAGAAAGUACCACAGAAGUCGACCCAGACAAAAUUGAGUAUGCCAAGGGCUCAGUUUGUACAUACUGCUCCUACUGUGAGGUAAUCACUUCAGUAACCCAAUGAAUAAAGUUAUACAUAUUUAUUUCUCUGCUGUUUUUUUUUCUUUAAAAAAAUGCCAAGUAUUUGUGUUAAAUGAUAAUACUGCUGUCAUUUUCAUGUAUUAAAUAGGAAUACUCUUUUGUAUCACCUCAAUGGGUUCUCAUUACAAUUUACAGUUCAAAUCAAAUAGGAUUAUUUUAAUGAUUUAAAUUUCACAAUUUUCUCAGUUUUGCAAACUAUGUGACGACUGUCCUUGUGAAACCAGCAAAACAAAGCCCAAUUGUAAAAUGUGCAAGGUAAGGUUAAUGAUAAUUAUAAUAAUUAAAGGACUGCAUUCAAGCUAAGUAAAUGAAAUUUAAGGCACUAACCAUGCUUUCAUGACAUUUAAUUCUCUGAACAUCAACCCUGACACAAAACACUCACUGUUUUUACUUGAUGUCUGCUCCUUGUACACAUCAAUCCCACAUGCUGAUGGCCUUAGGGCCUUGAGAUUUUUCCUAGAAAAUAAACCACACUCCCCUAUCCCUACUGACACUAUGAUCAGAUUGGCUGAACUGGUACUUAACCUCAACUCCUUUGAAUUGAAUGGCCAUUUCUUUGACCAAAUCAGUGGGGUAGCCAUGGCCACCAAAAUGGGCCCUAGCUAUGCUUGCCUAUUUAUGGGUCAUUUUGAAUAUUUGGUAGAGAGGGCAUAUACUGACCGUAUUCCUGAAUUUUAUAGGAGAUACAUAGAUGAGGGCAUAGGUAUCACCAGCAUGGAAACUAAUGACCCCCAAAAUUUAUAGAUUUUUUAAACUCAUUUAAUCCAUCCAUAAAAUUUACUUCUAAAAUCUCUGGACAGUCUGUCAACUUUCUCAAUAUCACCAUAACAUUGAAAGAAAAUGAAUUAACCAAAUCUGCCUACUACAAACCAACUGACAGCCAUAGUUACCUAUUAUACUCAUCCUCCCACCCCAAAUCAUGCAAAGACUCUAUAACCUUUCUCACAACUUCUUAGAUUACGGCAUCUCUGCCAACUUGAUGAAGAAUUUUUGGACAGAACUGAUUAAAUGAUGGAUUUCUUCCACUCCAGAUCCUAUCCUGAAACUACUCUUGUACUCUUGUCUCAGCACUAGGUCGCAUCAUCACUAUCACAUGGAAAGAUGCUUUCAAAACUCUUCAAAACAACAAUGAAGAUCUUAACAAACUUAUACUAACCUACUACCCUCACAAUUUAACUGGCAAAAAAAUAUUCCUAAAAAAUCGUAGCAUACUUCUUGCUGACCCCGAUUACUAACAGGAUUUUCUCAUCCCCUCCACUGAUUGUCUUUAGACGGGACAAAAAUCUAGGUGACCUUCUGGUUUAUAGUCGCCUUCGAUCUGAACCGUCUUACUUUGGUACUAAACCAUGCUUAAGAAACCGCUGUAGGACUUGUCCCUUUACACUCAAAACUGAAAGCAUUAGCCUCCCUAAAGGUACCUUUACCAUUAAAGAGGGUUUCACCUGUGUCAGCAGUAAUGUAAUAUAUGCGAUUGUGUGCCGUAGAUGCCUAGUUACAUAGGUGAAACUGGGAGAAGAUUGGCUGAUAGAUUCACGGAACAUCGCCGAGAUAUUGAACAGGGUAAACUUUCCCCAGUCUCUUCACAUUUCAAGAGAGAUGAACAUAAAGAUGCAUUAGAUGUAAUCAUUACGGCACUGAUUUCAUGCAGUAACACACCAGAGAGGGUUAAAAUGCAAAAUAAAUUUAUUCAGAUGUUUGGCACCAUAUCUCAUGGUAUUAUCAAAUACUAUCCUACUGUUUCUCUGUUUCCCUGUACUUCUAAUAUUUUCUUAUUGCUGUGUGUUUAUGUAUCCCUGGAUAUUCUGGUCCAUUAUUAUUGUUGACCUUAUUUUUCACUGUGUCAAUAUUUAUAGUCUCUCACUUCCAGUAACCCUACUUCUGGCAGCAACAACAAUGGAUAUUUCUUGAGUUGUUUACUGUGCUCUUUUCCUUGUGAUAUUUUCAUUUGUCCUGUGCGCUGAGGUAGGCUCUAUGCCGAAACUUUCUAAUCUUAUUGUCCUGUCCUUAAAUUCAAGCUUCCACAUACCUCCUUUUGCUAUUUCAUUUAAGGUUUAUGAGACUUUUAACCUCUUAAUGCUGUUGAGAAUGAAAUAUAUUAGUUAAAUUUAUAAGUCCAGAAAUAGUAAAGUUAGAGAUGCCUGCCUUUUAAAUAUAUGCUUAUCAAACAUUUUUGAAAUUUUGUGUUAAAAAGAAUGCAAAGUAGUUACCUAUGUUAUUGUAUACUAGAAUAUAUGACCCGAUGUUAUCGGGAUAAUAAUGGUAGGUAUUUGCGAUAAUUUCUACCUGCUAUAGCAAUAACUCACCACAAUUCAUAACUUUAAAAAGAGGUAUCUAUGUAAUGAUAUUUACGUUAAAGUUUUGAGAAGUAUUUAUCUGCCAUAUAUUGUAUGCCUACCCUUCUCCCUUUCAUGCCCCUAAACCACCCCCCCCCCUCGAAACAUGACCUUAAAUUACCCAAUCUAAAUUAUCACUAAUUAUAUAACUUUUGUCACUAAAGUAGUUGUGAUUUAUACGCUAGAGAAAUACUUUAGAUUUACCCCUAUUUGUGCCCUUGAACUACAAUUUUUUUUUUUUUUUUUAAAAUUGUGAAUAAAAAUCUUUAAUUUAGAAACAUGUACACAUCUUAUUUCCUACCUCCGGUGUGUAUGUUGCCAUGAAAAGUAAUUAUUUAUCAAAUUCAUUCCUUUAUUUUGAGACCUAUCUUGUGCUGCCUGGUGCAAAAUUACCAAUCCUCUCAAACAACCCCCCNAAUCUAUCCAUGGGCAAAAUGACCCCUCCCCAACAGAUUUAAAUACAAUUAAUAAAAUCUUCCACCACAUUGUAGUCCCUUCCAUAGCCAAACUAACAUAUUUUAAACUUCAUAUGUUUUGUUAUUAUUUGGAUAAGUUAGAAGUAGAUUCGGGUAUGCUAUUUGGCUAUGGUGUUUCGCUGUACUAAUUGACUUAAAUGGUGUUUUCUUAUUAGAAUUAUAUUUAAAGGUUAAGUUUUUAUUAUGUGGUAAAUAAAAUAAAAGUAUAUUUUUGGAAUUUAAAAAAAUAAAACUUAUUAAAUUUUAAAAAUAGAAAGCUAAAAUUUGUGUGAGUUUUAUUAACAAUUUCAAAAGCAAUUAUGUUUAUUAAUUUUAAUUUUAAGAAGGGGAAAAUACAUUAUCAGUUUUCAAACGUGCGGCUAUUAAAUCAAAGAAACUUUAGAGUUUUGAGUAAAAUAGGCGUUUGGCGCGGUUUUUGCAUGUUUAUUUAGAAAAAUAAAUUUUAAUUUCAUUUCGCAAUAUUAACAACGCACUAAAAAACACACUAAAAACAACUAAUGUUUAGGUUUUCCUGAUAAAUGUGAUUCUUUGAUCAUAAUUUUUGUAUUUAAUUUUUUUUAUAACUUUCAAACGCAUAUAAAAUGCUUAAGAUAGUUCCUUAGUUGAUACUUUAAAUGUAUUUGUAAUUUAUAAUAAUAAUACUUAAACUUUUACUAAAAUAAAAGCGGAAUCAGUCGGCCUAUAGACAUUUCCAUAGCACAGAGACAGCUCUCUUGAGAGUCAGUAAUGACCUCUUGCGCGCAAUGGACAGCGGUAAUGUCUCCAUUUUGAUCCUCUUAGACCUCAGUGCGGCCUUUGACACUGUUGACCAUGAAAUCCUUUUCAAAACCCUUGAAAACUACUUUGGAAUUUCUGGUUCGGUUUUGGCUUGGUUUAGGUCCUACCUCUCUGAUAGAACGCAAAUGGUCUCUGUCGAUGGCUGUCUCUCCGGCAGUGCUGAUUUGGUGUACGGAGUGCCACAGGGGUCCGUUUUGGGUCCGGUUCUAUUCAUAAUGUAUACCAGGCCACUGCUCCUCUUGCUUGGGAGGCAUGCUGUUGAGAACCAGUCAUUUGCAGAUGAUACGCAGCUAUACAUGCAUACCCAUCCAUCUCUUGUCGAUUCCGCUGUCCAGACUUUGCGGGGGUGCAUUGAUGAUGUCAAGUCUUGGAUGACACUCAGCAAGUUGAAGCUUAAUGAUGACAAAACAGAAGCACUCCUCAUUUACAAUCACAAAUCAUCCUCUACCUCAACUCUUCCACAUACACCGCCAUCCGUCAGAUCAGCUCCAUCCGCCACUACCUCACAGUUAGCGCAACAAAAACUCUAGUCUGUGCUCUUGUUCUCUCUCGUCUUGACUAUUGCAACUCACUUCUGUCAGGUUCACCGAAACAUUUUAUAGAAAAACUGCAGAAAGUUCAAAACUCUGCUGCUAGGCUUGUUCUUAAGGCAAAAAAACGCGAUCACGUCACUCCACUACUCCACUCACUACAUUGGCUCCCUAUACAGGCACGCAUUGACUACAAGCUGUCUCUUCUCUGUCACAACUUUUUCUCGGAUUCCUGCCCUUCCUAUCUAACUGAACUUCUUUCUGUCUAUUCACCCCUUCGACAACUUCGCUCCUCCGCAGACUCGCGUAUUCUGUCCGUUCCCAAGACACACACUAAAUUAUAUGGUGAACGAUCUUUCUCUUUCUGCGCCCCCAAACAAUGGAAUUCUUUGCCACUACACAUCCGCAAUAUAACAACCACACAGGCCUUCAAAACUGCACUCAAAACACAUCUAUUUAAACUAUACUACUCUGACUGAUUCCCCUCCUAUAAACCGAUAAACGUACAUGGGUUUCCUUGUAAAAAUUUCUGGUGUGGGUGGGUGAAUAUACCUCGGGUGUUGUUUUGCUUAUAUGUUGUUUUUAUUUCAUUUAUGUAUUUUAUUUUAAUAUUAUGAUUAUGCCUCUUUGCUAUAUUUAUGUACAGCGCGGUGAGCCCAGCCCUAGGCUGGGGUACCACGCUAUAUAAGACCACUAAUUAUUAUUAUUAUUAUAUAACAUUAUUUGCGCAUUUAAACUAAUUCAAAUUUUUUUAGUAAAAUAAUAGAAAAUAACUAUGAUUGUUUUUAAGAAUCCUAACGUAUUUAAAUCUUUUUGGUUCUUUGGUGUUACGGUCAGCCUAGCUCAUUCUUAUAUAUAUGAAAUGUAUUUUUGAAAAGUAAUAUCUACAUAUUAAACUUCUGUUCUAUUUCUAUUGCAACUUAAUUCAGCAGAAGCAGCAUUGUUUCAUUUGGCUUGCUAAAACAGAAUUCGCUAUUGAAUAAGUUUAUAUAUAUAUUUUUUAAGCCUUUUUAUACCCCAUUUUUAUUAAAAUAUGUGUAAAAUUUUCUGGCAAUGCUCAUUAGAACAGAAUAUAAAAAGUAUUGCAAUAUUUUAAGUUGAUAUAUUAUGAUAAACUGGAAAUUGAUGAAGAAAACAUAUGGAAUGUUUUACUUUAUGUUAAAACAGUGUUUCUGAAACUGGUGUCUGUGGUUUGCCAGGGACCACAGCUAAUUUUCAGGGGAUUACUAAUGAAAAUUACACAACAGAUUGUCUUUCCUCACUUUCUCUAUGUUGUUCCUUAGUGCACAUUAGAUGUAAUAUUACCUCAAACUAAAGUUAAUGAACUAAUUAACUUUGUCUGUUACUGUUAUUUUUCCUUUUUAAAAAAAGUCAAAUAUUAAAAUUGAAUUUGUGUUUUUCAAACUUUUCAGUACUGUAAAUUCUGCUACCUUUGUGAUGCAUUUUGCAACACUGUGUGUACAGCAGGUAAGUCGUGGGACUGUUUUGAAACUUAUCUUUUGAUUACUCAUAGACAUGCACAAUUAAAAUUUGCUGUUUUUAAAAAACGUCUUUUAAUAUGUCAACUUGGUCAAAGAGAACAUGCAGUGGGGACCCCACAGUUUGCGCUUGGUGAAAAUCUUAGAUUUUUCCUUUGAAGAAAAUUUUUCUUUCCUCCUGCCCUUAUCAAGUGACUGCUUUUCAAUUACGAGAAUUUACAAUUUUUAAAAAAUAAUCUUAUUUAUCACCAGGUGGAAUUCUAGACAGAGUAUCAGGAGCUAUUGUUAAGUAAGUUGCUUAAAGAGUUUUAAUUUAGUUUUUUUAAUUUACAAAAAGGAUUAAUUUGAAGUUGCUCAUUAUUUGUCCAUUCUAUGUUACUAUGUUAAAAUUAUUUUGCCAGGAACAGCUUCAGCUAAUAUAUUCAACUUCUACUGGAAUGUAAGAUAGUAAAAGUUUUAUAUCAUUGUUUUGGCAAAGUAAUUAUUAGUGACAGAAAUCCCAUAUAAACCAGUUUUCAUUUUUUUUAAAUUGUUCUUCUUAGAAAUAUAUUCACACAUUAGUCCUUUCUGAAUGAUUAUUAUAAAAAUGAUAAAAUCUAAUCACUUCUGGUCCAUCACAAUUGAUACAGCGUUCUAUGCUGUAAAUAGCUGAGGAAUCUGCAACACAGUGUGAUUGACAAAACAUAACCACUGACCUUGGAAAAUUAUCUCAAUAUCUUAAGCAGCUGGUUGCAAUCUGAGAAUAAAGUCAACGGUUUAUCUAUUUUGCAAAUAAAAUGCUUUUAGGUAGAAAUAGAGAAUCUUUUACUUAACUAAAAUUGAUGACAAUAAUUAAAUUGGAUUAUCCUUUUGUAAAAACCAACAAAAAAGUAUUAGUUUUAAUCCAAAUGUAUUUCGCUGUGGUGUUAAGAACUUUAUUAUUAUACAUAAGCAGCAUUGUCACUCUAGUUACAGAAAUGUGAAUUUGACGUGUUUGCUUUUGUUGCUAACAUCUGAUAUUGUGCUUAUAAAAUAUGAUGUUCUAGAAUGACAAAUAUGGCUAUAGCUAUAACUGAACAAUUUUUGCCAUACCUUAUCAAGAGGUUAAUGCUAACAAAAAAAAAAUUUAAUUGCAUUUUCAGUUCUCUCCCUUCUUUCAACAAGGAUGAGGUUGAAGAUGACAUCGACUCUGUCAAGGACUGGAUCAAGAAAAAAGAUGAACUUUAAUGCUGUGUUUUCUCUUACUUUUAGUUGGUCCAUUUGACUGCACUGAUAUUUUUGUGAAUGGAUCCAUCAGUAUAUUCCUAUUUUAAAUAUUUUAUUUCAAUUGGAAAGUUAAAUGAGUGUGCAUAAGUUUAUUUUCUUUAAAUGCUUUUUAUUCAAGGGCAGAUUCUCUAGAAAUGGUUUUAAUAACAUAUUGAAUUUAUUUACUUUGAAUAAUAUCAACAAAAUUGUAUAUACACGUUUUCUGAUAAUAUUUUUCCCCAGUUGGUUGAAGUGCUAUGUGUGCAUUUUUAGCAAUCUGUAAAAAAAAUUUCUGGGCUAAUUGAGCGAAUGUCACCAAAGUAAAAGUUAUUUAAUUCAAGUCUUUAUUUUUUAUAAUUCCUUGAUACAAUUUCAUUUUUAAAUAUUUUUAUUUUGUUAAUUCAACUUUUUAAUAUUAGUUUUUUUUACCUGAAAUCAAAACUUGAUACAUUUCUUCCUGUUGCACCUGCCAUUUACAAUAAUGUGAAACAUCAUUACUUGUUAUGAAAUUAUUUAUUUUUUUUGUAUGUCAUCCUUAUCAGUUUAGAAAUCUAUUACUGUCUUUUUUUCCAAAAGGUAGAAAAUCAUUCGUUGAAAUUUGCAUUUGUUCGCUGCAACAAUGAUGUUGCCAUGUUUUGUAAAUACAUUAUUGGACCCUGUACAUAAGCUGUAUCAAUAGUAACGAGUCUUGCUGCUCAAUGAUGAGAGGUGGGCCAUGAUGCGAUCUGAUUACAUAGUCAAGAUGAGGUUGUUAAUUUUACUAUAAAGAUAUUAAAUCGAUUUUGCAGUAUAAUCUUGAAAUAUAACAGUAUACUUCUUAAAAAGAAAGUUGUGAUAUUAAAUUGAAUGUGUACAGUCAGACUGUAUAUGUGUGUAUAGCACCAUUGUGACAUCCAGCCAGCCCAUUUGUCUGGCAUGUUUACAUGUUGAGAAAAACGGAAUCAUCACAUGAAAUCUACAUAUUAAAUCAUUCCAUUGGUUAAAUAGAAAAAGGUUCAGCAAAUCGCUAAUAACCAAGAAGCUAAUCCUGAUAUUUGCAAGUUAUGUUACAUAUCUAGAUAAUGAUGUCAGAUGGACUGAAGGAAUUUUAAUAAUAAUUUAAAAUGGGACAAAAUUAAGUUGCAUUAGCUUUGUCAUGUUGUGAUAUUGUUGAACCUUUUUUUAAUUUACUGCUACAUAUCCACUUAAGUUAUUACAAUGUGAUAGAAUUGAUGUCCUUAGAUGGAAUAUAUUACCGGUAUAUUAUAUUAAGUAAUUUAAGGCAUUCCAAUAUUAUUUGCCUUUUAAAACAAAUUCUUGUAUCUGUUCACAAAACCUAACUUCUAUUGUCAGUUCCCAUGUUUACCACAGGCCCGGUAUCUGUACUUAAUCUAAGAAUGUUGAGAUCAACUAUGAUUGAUGAAAUAUUAAUUUCUUAGUGUUCACAUACAAAUCAUAAACCAAAUACCCCAAUCAUAAACCAAAUACCCCAGGUGCUGUUGUUUUUGGCUGAAGCAUUAUGUUUUCUAAUCAACUCUAGAAUUUGAAAGUUGUGUUAAGGUUGCCAAAUGAAGAUUUCUUGACCUGUCCAUCUUGAAAUUGAUUAUGUUUAUAAAAAGAAUGCUUUAACUUUUCUAUUGUGACUCAUAUUUUUACACUUGUAUUAAAUCUGCCUUUCAGUUCGUUCA